AUGGCGGAAGCUGCAACGGAAGUCAAGCUCUUUAACAAGUGGUCGUACGAUGACAUUAGCGUCGCGGGCGACAUCUCGCUGGAAGAUUACAUUGCCGUGAAGGGCAAAGCCGCGACGUUCUUGCCGCACACGGCCCAGCGGUACCAGAAGAAGCGGUUCCGCAAGGCGCAGUGUCCCAUCACUGAGCGCCUCGUGAACGCGUUGAUGCGCAAAGGCCGCAACUCGGGCAAGAAGCUUAAGGCCACGCGCAUUGUCAAGCACACGCUCGAGAUCAUUCACUUGUUGACGGACCGCAACCCGCUGCAAGUCGUGGUGGAAGCGGUGAUCAAGUCGGGUCCUCGUGAAGACUCGACGCGUGUCGGCUCGGCCGGCGUCGUGCGUCGUCAAGGCGUCGACGUGUCGCCGUUCCGCCGCGUGAACCAGGCGCUGUACUUGAUUGCGACGGGGGCGCGUGAAGCGUCGUUCCGUAACGUCAAGACGAUUGCUGAGUGCCUGGCGGACGAGCUGAUUAAUGCGUCCAAGGGUUCGUCCAACAGCUACGCGAUCAAGAAGAAGGACGAGAUUGAGCGUGUGGCCAAGGCCAACAGAUAA